UUCAUUUAUCAAAAAAAAAACAAACAAACAAACACACACCGGACAACAACAGAUCAAAAUUAUUUUUGGAUCCAAUAAUGUUUGUAUUCAAAGUGAUACAGAUUUUCUUAAUCAUAUAUUUGAUCACCAUUAUCCCAAUGGGAUAUUCAUUAUUUUUAUACGCUGUUCAUGAUUUCGUUGGCCAACCACCAUCCAGAAUUGAUACAAAACCAACAAAUAAUGGUGAUGUAAAAAGUCAAAAUUUAAAAGAAUUAAUCGAACGUGGCCAGAAUUUAUCAACAACAGCUCAUAAUAAAUUAUUUAAACAUAAAGAUGAUGUAAAAAUGAAUAAAUAUCAACAUAUAGUUGUACAGGAUUUAGAUUAUUUAGAAUUAAUGAUUAAACGUGCUGAAUCUUUUCUGCCAUGUAUCAAGAAUCCAUUUAUGGCCAAAUUAAUUGAAUACACAAGUGAUGAUCAAUCAAUGCCUACAUUAACAUUAUUCAUACAACAAUUAAUUGAUCGAAGUAAUAAUGAUGUUGGCUAUCUAAAUUCACAUGGAUAUCGUGAAUAUGUGGAUAAAAUUUCUGAUCAAAGUUUACGAAUAGAAAAAAUGUUAAUCAAUAUUAAAGAAAAAAUGGAUCAAUUAGAUGGAAAAGAAUUUUCUGAUCAUGUUCGUCAUUUACUUAUAUCGAUGAUUGAUUUUGAGAAUCUAAUACUUGAUGCUGAAAAACAUUCAAAUAUUAAUUCUAUAUAUCGAUGAUGAUUGUGAUAUUUCAUCCACCAUAUUUUGAUCGUUUUCAUUUUUUUUGUUUUUGUUUUCAUUAUAAAUUUUGACAUAGAGAAAAAAAAACCAUAAUCAAUUUGGAUAAUUAAUUGUUGCCCGACAUUAUAAUUAAAUUAAAAGAAAAAAAAAUAUUCACUUUUUCAA